UGACCUCAGGUGAUCUGCCCACCUCGGCCUCCCAAAGUGCUGGGAUUACAGGUGUGAGCCACUGCGCCCGGCUCCCGCUUCCCCUUUUCUAGAGAGUCCCAGUUUGGUGUUGGACAGAGGAGGACAUGGUGGGGGAGAAUCUGUGCCCUGCAAAACAGAGGAAGGGAAGUAGGAAGCUGGGCUGGUGGCUGGGCACCUGGGUCCUGUGGAGAGCUGGCACUGGGCAUCAGCGCCUGGGGCCCCACAGCCUCGUCAUCCUGACACACCUCUUACAGCUCUCUCCCCACACUGAUGCCUUUCUCUCCUGCAGGUCUCUGUCUGAGAAAGGGACUUGAGUAAAGUUAGAAACUGAUAACAGUAACUUCCUGUAUCUGUGAGGAUAGGAGGAGAAAGGCUAGGGAAAAUGGAGGGGGAAUUCCCUUGGGAAGGCACAGGUUGGUCUCCCCCAGAGACACAUGAUGGCAAACAUCAUCACUACUGCUUAAUAUCCCGCCCAAGGCAAAGUCAAUAAUUGCUCUGGGUAGUUUGAGCAGGUGGUGUGAGCAAGCCGUGGUGGCAUCAGAAAGCACUGUCCUGGGAAGGGGAAGGUGCCGGGGAGGAUGUCUGCAUCCUGAACAAGAGCUGGCUGCACAGGCUGUGAGUGAGACCCCCUGACCCCACUCUUUUUUGUUCCUCUCCAGGAUGCCGCUAGACUGGAAGAGCUCCUUGAUCCUCAUGGCUUACAUCAUCAUCUUCCUCACUGGCCUCCCUGCCAACCUCCUAGCCCUGCGGGCCUUUGUGGGGCGGGUCCGCCAGCCCCAGCCUGCACCCGUGCACAUCCUCCUGCUCAGCCUGACGCUGGCCGACCUCCUCCUGCUGCUGCUGCUGCCCUUCAAGAUCAUUGAGGCCGCAUCGAACUUCCGCUGGUACCUGCCCGAGAUCGUCUGUGCCCUCACGAGUUUCGGCUUCUACAGCAGCAUCUAUUGCAGCACGUGGCUGCUGGCGGGCAUCAGCAUUGAGCGCUACCUGGGCGUGGCUUUCCCCGUGCAGUACAAGCUCUCCCGCCGGCCUCUGUAUGGAGUGAUUGCAGCUCUGGUGGCCUGGGGUAUGUCCUUUGGUCACUGCACCAUUGUGAUCAUCGUUCAGUAUUUGAACACGACUGAGCAGGCCAGAAGUGGCAAUGAAAUUACCUGCUACGAGAACUUCACCGAUCACCAGCUGGACUUGGUGCUGCCCGUGCGGCUGGAGCUGUGCCUGGUGCUCUUCUUCAUCCCCAUGGCGGUCACCAUCUUCUGCUACUGGCGUUUUGUGUGGAUCAUGCUCUCCCAGCCCCAUGUGGGGGCCCAGAAACGGCGCCGAGCCGUGGGGCUGGCUGUGGUGACGCUGCUCAAUUUCCUGGUGUGCUUCGGCCCUUACAAUGUGUCCCACCUGGUGGGGUAUCACCAGAGAAAAAGCCCCUGGUGGCGGUCAAUAGCAGUGGUGUUCAGUUCACUCAACGCCAGUCUGGACCCCCUGCUCUUCUAUUUCUCUUCUUCGGUGGUGCGCAGGGCAUUUGGGAGAGGGCUGCAGGUGCUAAGGAAUCAGGGUUCCUCCAUGUUGGGACGCAGAGGCAAAGACACAGCAGAGGGGACAAAUGAGGACAGGGGUGUGAGUCAGGGAGAGGGGAUGCCAAGUUCGGACUUCACUACGGAGUAGCAGUUUCCCUGGACCUUUGGAGGUGGCCUGGGUUACACAGGCGCUGGGAAGCCUGGGAGAGGCGGAGCAGGAAGGCUCCCCUCCAGAUUCAGAAAUCCUCAGACCCAGUCCAGGACUGGGACUUUGAAAAAACGCCUUUCACCAGCUUGGUAUCCCUUUCUGACUGAUUUUUCCUACUCAAAGGAGCAUAACUCAGAGAUGCAGGAAGAAGUAGUUAGUUAGGUAUAGAAGCACCGGCUGAGCACGGUGGCUCAUGCCUGUAAUCCCAGAACUUUGGGAGGCUGAGGUGGGUGGAUCACUUGAGGUCAGGAGAUCAAGACCAUCCUAGCCAACAUGGGAAAACCCUGUCUCUACUAAAAAUACAAAAAACUCAGCUGGGCAUGGUGGCACAUGCGUAUAAUCCCAGCUAAUCAGGAGGCUGAGGCAGGAGAAUUGCUUGAACCCGGGAGUCGGAGGUUGCAGUGAGCUGAGAUCGCACCACUGCACUCCAGCCUAGCGACAGAGCAAGACUCCAUCUAAAAAAAAAAAAAAAAAAAGGAGAAGCACCAUCGGGCUGGAGAAGCAGCGUAGCUAAUACAAGUCCAGUCCUUGUGAUGUGGUUGGUAGUUGGGGAUGGCCAGGCUGAAGCAGAGAGUCCUAGAGAAAUCUUGAUACAAGCUUCAAAGCAACACCUAGACACUGCUCUAGCGGUUGAUGCUGGAGAUAAACCAACAGGAAAGAGAUGGAAGAGAAAGACUAAAUGAGGUCAAAGAAGACUCAAAAAGGUUCUGAGCCUGGAGAUGAGCAGGGAGGCCUCAGGGCUUAGAUCUUUAAUCAUAGGGGCUUCCCUGCAUCGGUUUGACCUGUGGCCUUUUCAAUGUGCUCUGUUUGUUUUCAAGUGUUAUCUUGUCUCCCCUGCUAAACUGGGAGCUGCCAGAGGUCUGGGUCUUAUCUCCUUCCUCCAUGGCACCCCACAUAGGCCAGGAUGUGGCUUGGUACCCAGCAAUCAGAGAUUAGCACUCCCUCAUACAGGGGAAAGCUACCUUGUCUAGCAAAUUGAAAAUAAAGAUGAUAAAACUCUGAA